AUGGUGGCGAAGCUCUCUAUCGGAGUCAUAGUUCUACUGAUCUGUACUCUCUCGCUGCUUUUCUCGUUUAACAUCGGUGGUAAUCCCGAGCCGACGCGUCCUUCUAAGAUAAGCGUGGAGGAGCUUUGGGAGAGUGCUGACUCUGGUGGUUGGAGACCAUCUUCUGCUCCACGAUCUGACUGGCCUCCUCCUACGAAGGAGACAAAUGGUUAUCUCCGUGUUCGGUGUAAUGGUGGUUUGAAUCAGCAACGUAGUGCGGUAGAUGCCAACUCGUUUUGGCAUGAUGAUAGUGGUUUCCAAGGAAUAUAUGACGUAGAACAUUUUAUUGAAACCCUGAAGUAUGAUGUUAAGAUUGUGGGAAAGAUCCCCGAUGUUCACAAAAAUGGGAAAACCAAGAAGAUAAAAGCGUUUCAGAUACGUCCUCCUCGAGAUGCCCCUAUUGAUUGGUACUUGACAACUGCUCUAAAGGCAAUGAAAGAACACAAUGCUAUCUAUCUUACACCUUUUUCACAUCGGUUGGCGGAGGAAAUUGACAAUCCUGAAUAUCAACGGUUAAGGUGCAGAGUGAACUACCAUGCUUUGAGAUUCAAGCCACACAUCAUGCAGUUGAGUGAAUCAAUUGUUGACAAACUCCGGUCACAGGGCCACUUCAUGUCCAUCCAUCUUCGUUUCGAAAUGGAUAUGUUGGCUUUUGCAGGGUGCUUUGACAUAUUUAACCCUGAGGAACAGAAGAUGCUGAGGAAGUAUCGUAAAGAAAAUUUUGCAGAGAAGAAGCUUAUUUACAACGAAAGAAGGGCUAUCGGGAAGUGUCCACUGACCCCUGAGGAGGUAGUUGGUCUUAUAUUACGAGCGAUGAGAUUCGACAACUCCACAAGGAUAUACCUAGCAGCAGGUGAGCUGUUUGGCGGGGAAAGGUUCAUGGAACCAUUUCGAACUUUAUUCCCACGUCUUGAAAACCAUAGCUCGGUGGACCCCUCUGAGGAGCUGUCAGCAAAAUCACAAGGAUUAAUAGGAUCAGCUGUGGAUUACAUGGUUUGUCUCCUGUCCGACAUUUUCAUGCCAACAUACGAUGGACCGAGCAACUUCGCCAACAAUCUCUUAGGUCAUCGCCUCUACUACGGUUUCCGCACCACGAUCAGACCAGACAGAAAAGCUUUAGCUCCAAUAUUCAUAGCUAGAGAGAAAGGCAAAACCGCUGGGUUCGAAGAAGCAGUGAGACGUGUAAUGCUGAAAACGAACUUUGGAGGGCCUCACAAACGCGUAUCUCCUGAGUCGUUUUAUACAAACUCAUGGCCUGAGUGUUUCUGUCAGAUGAAUCCGAAGAAGUCCAGUGAUAAAUGUCCGCCGGAUAAUGUUGUUGAGAUUCUGGAAAGUCGGUUAGAGAGUGUUGGAGAUCCAGAUUCAACUUCUCAGACAAAUUCCACGGUCACUGGAUUAGAACGGUAA